CACUCGCGAGGGACGGACAGGAAGAGGGCCAGGGGGGACGCCAGAACCCGGGACCACAGCACGGAAACGGCCCGGGGCUGAGCUGCAGUCAGAUCCGGGGAUGGAGGGAGCCGGAGAAGAGGAGUGAGGAGGCCGGGGAGGCAGGCCCUGCUGCCCUCCUGGAGGCCGGCAGGCCGCUGUGGCAGUGGAGGACCGGGCCGCCCAGAGAGGGACGGGGUCAGGAGGUCGGGCCCGGGCCUCAGCAGGCCCAGACGAGGCCCAAGAAGGGAGUACCAGGCGCCCUGGAGUUCAGGGCCCAGGCCUUGCCUCGGCUUGUCCAAAGGAGGCCUAGGCCAGGCCUCUGGUGGGGAAACUGAGUCACGGGCAGGCCUCAGGGCACGGCCUGGACGCGUGUGAGCCAAGUGAGGGGUAGGGGGCACAGCCCCUGGGGGGGUCUCCGAGACUAAGGGGGGUAGGGGGCUUCAGGGCCUCCCAGUCCACCGCCGGAUUGGCGAGUGAGACGCUUGUAGAUCCAAGGUUGGAUUGGGGUGGGGUCUCUGGGACGUUGGCUAGCGAGGCGAGGAUUGGGGGGAUUUAAGUGCUUAGAGAUCGAAGGCAGGCCUUGAGUAGGGGGAGUCAGACAAUUGGAAAGCCGAGGUGGUUAUUUGGGGAGGGGUCUCGGCGCCUGGGCGAAGCGCAAAGCUGCGCCCGCCUGGCUCGAGGCCUUGUCCAGGCAGGUGUCUGUGAAGGGUGGGCCCGACCCGGCCAGGCCAAGAGCAAGAAAAGUGAACAAACCAGGAGUGCUAAGUGGGCGGGGGGCCCCUGAGCGGGGGGUCACAAAGGGUGAGACAUGGCCACCAGGCGUUUAACCGACGCUUUCUUGUUGUUGCGGAAUAAUUCCAUCCAAAACCGGCAGCUGUUAGCCGAGCAAGUGAGUAGUUACACCACCUCCAGCCCUCUGCAUUCACGUAGCAUUGCUGCGGAGCUGGACGAGCUUGCCGACGACCGUAUGGCUCUGGUGUCGGGCAUUAGCUUAGAUCCAGAAGCAGCAAUCGGCGUGACAAAGCGGUCGCCCCCUAAGUGGGUGGACGGAGUGGACGAAAUACAGUACGACGUUGGCCGGAUCAAACAGAAAAUGAAGGAAUUAGCCAGCCUUCACGACCAGCAUUUAAACAGGCCCACCCUGGACGACAGCAGUGAGCAGGAACACGCCAUUGAAAUCACCGCCCAAGAGAUCACUCAGCUCUUCCACAGGUGCCAGCGCGCCGUGCAGGCUCUGCCCGGCCGGGCCCGCAGGGCCCGCUCCGACCAGGAGGAGCGGCUCCUUCGCAACGUCGUGGCCUCCCUGGCCCAGGCCCUGCAGGAGCUGUCGGCCAGCUUCCGGCGCGCGCAGUCGGGCUACCUCAGACGCAUGAAGAAUCGAGAGGAAAGAUCCCAGCAUUUUUUUGAUACAGCAGUACCACUAAUGGAUGAUGGAGACGAUAAUACGCUCUAUGAUCGGGGUUUUACAGAUGACCAGUUAGUGCUGGUGGAACAGAACACGCUGAUGGUGGAGGAGAGGGAGCGGGAGAUACGCCAGAUCGUGCAAUCCAUUUCUGACCUGAAUGAAAUCUUUAGGGACUUGGGAGCGAUGAUCGUGGAGCAGGGUACAGUCCUUGAUAGAAUUGACUAUAAUGUCGAGCAGUCCUGCAUCAAAACCAAAGACGGCCUGAAGCAGCUUCACAAGGCAGAGCAGUAUCAGAAGAAGAAUCGGAAGAUGCUUGUGAUUUUAAUACUAUUUGUCGUCAUCAUUGUCCUCAUUGUUGUCCUGAUCGGCGUGAAGUCUCGCUAGGCGGCCGUGCGGCCACGUGGGCCGCCCGUGUGCGCUCCCGGGCGCGAGGGGCUCGGCCGCCCUGCGGGCACAGCGGAGGCGCGGGCUGCGGACCGCGUGGGGGCGGCGAGCGCCUGCCUGGACCCCUCGUCACGGUCGUGCUCCAGCAGGGGGAUGAGCUGCUGUUUCUCCUUCGUUGUCAAGAAUUUAAGGACCUUUGAUGCUGCUGCAGAAUAGAGAUUGAGUUCUGUCAUCGGUUAUAAUAUAUAUUUUUUUUAGAAAGAGAAAAUGAGUUGAAUGUUUACAGGCACUCCGCAAGCUGUUCGAUAUUGUAUGUGCAUAUGCUAUUUUUUUAGCAGUCAUGUCUGAGCAGCAUGUAAAAAUAAUUUUUGGAAACGUUUUUUAAAAACCAUCUGGUUUUUAAGAAAUUUGGUACCAAAAAUUUAUGAGUAGAGGCAAAAAUGCCUCUUCAUCUUUCUCUGUAUAUUUUCCAGUUGAAAACAAACUGAGAAGUCCUUUAAGAAUUUAUAAUCCGUUCCCCAUUAACUUAAUUUAGCUUUUCCAUCACUGUUAAUGAUCAGAGUAACAAAGUGUGAAAAAUAAGAAACCAUCAUUGAUGUUAAUUAACACAUUUAGAUGGGCCAGUUAAAACAGCUUCAUAAGUUUAAAUUAAUCGUAAAUGGACUAUUCCUCAUUUAGAGUUUGUGCACUGCAUUUUCUACUGUAAACCCAAAGGGGUUACCAAACAAAACCACCUAAAUUUAAAAGUUGGUGAUUUGAACCAACCGCACCUGAAAACAUGAAAAAGGGAAGCUUGGCCGUGUCAUGGAAGUCACCAGAAUCAGCCAGUGUGCCCCUGUCCUCGUCCCCAGCCAUCCUUGCCCAAUCCAUUACUUACACACUAACUACAUAAUGACCUGUUCAAACUAGCCACCAUUUAAUGAACUGUGAAUUUACACAGAGGCCAUUCUAAAUGGGUCACCCCAUUUAGGAUUAGUGGAUCUCAAAUUAUUAACCAAACAUCACUCCAUUUCAAAGUAGAAUAUUCCACCAGGGGCAUGAUUUAUCGGCUCUUGCGUUGCUGCUUAACAUGCCCGGAAAGUAAGCACGUUCCGACAGAUUGUGAAAAUCUUGACUAGAAGUCCCUCAUUUGUGCGAGCACGAAUCAGAUCGCCAGAGUGGGACUUUGCCGUUUUCUUACCUAUUAUCACUAUGGUGCUCGAAUAUAUUCCUGGAACUGUAGAAUAAUGUGGAAAGCGAUGAUGGCUUUGAAAGCUCAACUUGUUCACGUUUUUACUUGGUCUUGAGACGCCAGUAUAGUUCUGAUGGUCUUUGUAUAAUUUUCGAUGGCUUUUCCAUUGUUUUUUACCUCUCCUGAGAAGUUUGCGAAGAGCGUGACCUCAUUAAAUGUGCUAUGUUUUAUUUGGAUCAGUCACAUAAAAUGUGUCUUUAGAAUUGACUUUGAAGUCGUUUCCAGAAACUUAAACGCAAGUCCAGACGUUCAGGUUGUCCAAACAGAUCAUGGUCUUAGCACCCACACCCAUGCCCCAGCCUGCCCCUUCCCAAGUUCCCGGCCACCACUGGUUUUCUCACGACCGAUGUGGCUGUAGAACGAUCCGAAGGUGCCCCUGGCAUUUCAGGAAAUCGCCUGGUAUUCCCUGACCAACCAUUAUGUAUUAGGCAAAAAGGUCGGGAAGUAAGAAUCCACCUCCUUGAUCACCCCUGACAUGUGCGGCUUCUGCAGAUCUUGAGAAGAGCCGUAGGCAUUUUCUAGUCACAGCGGGUUUUAAUCCGGUGGCCGAGUCGAGAUGUUCCUCUGGACCGACUGCUCCCAGGAGCGGGGGCCGUUCAAGGUCACGGGGCUUCCCUCCCCAGCGGUGGACAGCGGUGGACAGAGGCUCGGUGGUCUUAACGUGCAAGGCAAGUGACCCUUUAAGAAAGGAUCGCCAGAAAAAAAAAAAGAAAGGAUCACCAUUUAUUUAUAUUUAUUUUCAGUUAACAGGGUGAUUGGGGCUGGUUUUUGCCCCCCUCACCCACCAGGGUAAAGUUAACGGAUCUGACAGAAGUGAUCUUGAGGAUCUCGAGUGAACUGAGAAAGCAGUGCAGUGCCACAGAAAGCCCCCCGCUGUCUGCUGCCAUCACCUUGUCCCCAGGCGGGGAAGCGGCCCCAGGGCGUGUGCUCCUCAAAACACUGUAUUUUUCUUUUGAGCCUUUACUUAGGGAAAGAUCAGCAGCCUUGGGGGAAGGAAGAGUAGAUUGGUCCGGGGGCCCUGGGGCCUCAGGGUAACGGGUGAUUCUCUGCCUCUGAAGGAGACGGGCUCCUUUUGCUCCAGACGGCCAUUGUCCCAGGGAGGGCCGGGCCAUUCAGCUCUGUUGGGCUCUGGUGGUAAUGAUCGCCAGCCCGGUCUCUCCCCGCGCCUGGGACACGACCGGAGAAAGGGGGUGGGGGGGAGGGGGAGGCUCCCUCUGGGCAGCCCUGGGCUCGGCCCCUGGACACCUGCCCCCUUGAACGUGUCCGGGGGUGGCUCCGUUGAGGGGGCCGGAGAGGAGAUAAGGAAACGUUUACCGUCAGGUCUCCAAAGCUCCUGAUCUUUCCUGCGAUUGUAACAAGUCUACUGUCUCUUGUUGUAUUAAUUUGGGGGUGGGGGGUGCUGGCUUCGCCAUGGGCGUGAAGCGGUGUGUGUCUCUAAUUUAACGGAUUUACCGCUUUCUCUGCUAAUUGAGAGAGCAUUAUUUAUUUGUUUUGACACGAGUGCUUUCAGUGUUUUAUCCUAGCUAAUGGCUUCUUAAAGGUAAUAAAACCCUUCCAACCUAAUUGGUCAGAUAAGACUUUUUUCCUUGUGUGCUUAAAUAAAGCAAUUAGUGAAGCGCUUCUAUCCAAAAUGACUCUUUUUUUUUUUUUUUGUCCUUUUUUAAAACUAAUUCACUGUUACUGGAAACUUUUUGUACAAUAAAGCAAUCAUGCGGAUUAAA